AUGGAUCCUUUACCCUAUAAACUCCUAUAUUCUACUGAUAUAACUCCUCAUCAAACGGCAAAUUUGCCUGACGCUUGACUUGCACCUACAACUUCAUCAAGAGUUUGAAUAAUCCAGUUUCAAGACGUUGCUUUUGCCCAUGCUUUACUUUUAAAUCUAAAAACACGUGCCAAGCUUUCUGUGUUCAUAAGCCUAGAAGAAUCUAUUAAUUACGUUAAAGGUAUUUUCUAGUCAGUUUUCGAAGACUUAAGCAUCGCAGCUGGAUCUCCACGUAAGGUAAAUAUUGGAAACAUGCCUUGCAAAUAUCUAAAAUUAUGUAUUGGAAAAACGGUUGGGCUUAAGCGAAAAGAGUAAAAUUUACUUAGUGUAGAAGUUUUAGGAGUCCCAGGCACAGCAAUAAAUUCAAUAAUCCCUGAUACUGAAGACCUCCUUAUAAAACGCCCUCUCACUAUAUUAUUUUAA